CGCUCCCUCCGUACGCGCGAUACCGUACGCACCUGGAUUCGACCGUUGGGAGAGCGCUUGCCCUAAAGUGUUCCAACGGGCAGCAGAGCAGGGAUUGUGGCUGUUAGAAAAUCUCUCUCCUUCUUCUUCUUUCUCUCGCGCGCCCUCCUCCCGCUCUCGCUCCUCUCGAUUUUCUAGCUGCUAGCUCGCUCCAGCGAUCGCGGAGGAAAGGAGAAUGUGGAACAGCAGCUCUAGCAAUCUUCCCCCGCAUCCCAGGAUGAGCAAAUCGGCGCCCUGCUCGCCGGUCAAGCCGCUCGUCGCCGCCGGCAAGCGCCCUCCCUCGCGCGCCGAUUCCUUUCACGUCAUCCACAAGGUGCCGCUGGGGGACUCGCCCUACGUCCGCGCCAAGCACGUCCAGCUGGUGGACAAGGAGCCCGACAAGGCCAUCGCGCUCUUCUGGGCGGCGAUCAAUGCGGGCGACCGUGUGGACAGCGCGCUCAAGGACAUGGCGAUCGUGAUGAAGCAGCAGAACCGGCCCGAGGAGGCGAUCGAGGCCAUAAAAUCGCUGCGCGGGCGCUGCUCGGAUCAAGCCCAGGAGUCCCUGGACAAUGUCCUCCUCGAUCUCUACAAGAGGUGUGGCCGGCUGGACGAUCAGAUCGCUCUCCUCAAGCACAAGCUCCAGCUGAUCUACGCGGGCCUCGCCUUCAAUGGCAAGCGGACCAAGACCGCGCGCUCGCAAGGCAAGAAGUUCCAAGUUUCCAUCGAGCAGGAGGCCACACGCUUGCUGGGGAAUCUGGGCUGGGCGUACAUGCAGCAAUCCGAUUUCAUCGCAGCGGAGGCAGUCUACAGGAAAGCUCUGUCCAUGGAACCGGACAAUAACAAGAUGUGUAACCUGGGCAUUUGCUUGAUGAAGCAAGGUCGCGUGGACGAGGCCAAAGUACUACUCAAGAGCGUGAUGCCGGCAUCCUCAGAUACUCGUUGGGGCGCCGACUCGCACCUUAAGUCUUACGAGCGCGCACAGGAGAUGCUGGCGGAGAUGGAGCAAGGACAGCAACAUCAGCCGCAGCACUUGCCAAGCACCGGCAUUUUGCGUCUUGUUGCCCACGCUCCCCAAGCUCAAUCCAAGCUCAAGCAAGAGAUUGAAAUCCACCAACAUCGCCUCCAGCAGCAGCAGCAGCAAACCCAGCCGCGAAGCCAGCAGAUCCCCACGUACGAUUCCUGGGACUACGAGGAGGAGGAGGAGGAGGAGUAUAAUCUUGUUGACGAUGCGGAUGAGAACGCCAACGUAAACAUCAUCGCCCAGCAGCAGCAGGAUCACCAUUUUCUUGCGGCGGAGGCGCUCAAGAAGAAGCUGGAGCUGCUGUGCGUCAAUGCAAACUCGAACUCUGGCGCCAUCACCACCAACGCGAGCAGCAACAGCCUCAAGUUCUCGCCCAGCAAGCCGCCACGCCCCUCCGCCACCGCUCGGAGAUCCCUCUCGCUCGAGUCCUUCGACAAUCUGGGAGCAGCUCCUCCUGGCAAUGCUUCUCUACGACCACCUCCCGGAAUCUCCAAGUCGGCUGCUUCGUCUCCCGUGAAGCAGCAGCUGUUUAGCGGAGGAGACAGCGAUGAUCGUCGUCAACACCAGCCUUUCCAGGUGCUGCUGCCGUCCGCGUCGUGCCUGGGUGGCGAGCUGGGAUUCAUCCAGAGUCCCAAGGGGCUGGGGCUCAACGAUCCGAGGCCAUUGCCCUCGAGUUCUUCCACCUCUUCUUCAUUCCAGCAGCAGCUCCAGGAGCAGAGCCGGCGACUUCGCGUGUUCCAGGACAUCACCGCCACCACCAGCCCUCUUGCUCGUUAAUGGGCUCCAUAGCGAAGCUCUCGCUGGAUUUAUCACUCCCAUCGCACAUCCCAGCUAUGCGACACCCUCAGUCGCUUCUUUAGCGUUUCCUUUUUUAAAAGCCGUUAUAAAAAAUUUCAGGUAGGUCUGAACAGAAAAGUGUCCGGCAAAUAUAUUUAAAAUAUGCUUGAAUAUUCUAGGAUAUGUUACUAUUUA